AUGAACUCGCCACUUACUACCUUCGUUGUACUGCUCGCCCUUGUCGUCUGUGUUCGGCCAGAGAUCUUCCCGGCAUCGCAGACUCGCUUCAGACUUCACGGAAAAGUCUCCUGUCCACUCGAUCAGUGGUGGUGCUACAGGGUGGUCGUGUACGAACGCGACGGAAUGUAACUGAGCCAGUGAAGUGACCAUCCUAAUCUGGACCAAACAUUUCAGCAAGUGGGACGUCAUCGACCACGUCGGAGUCAAAUGCGUGCGAAGAGGCGACAUGGCCUACGAUCUGGACGGAGUUCAAUUCGGAGGAGACGGACUUUUUGAUGUGAGUUACUUCUAACUGCUGAGAACUUACUAGGGAAGUACUUUUGGUCAGACUUAUUCUGGAAAAACCAGGGAGAUACAGUAAGCUACGCUGAGUCGAAGCGUGUUUUCAAAAGGCCAAAAUAGUGUUAGCUGAUUUCAUGUUCGUUUUUAAAGUCAAAUCUUGUAAAUCAGACAAUGCAGUAGUUAAGAAGAAGUUGAAUCCUGAAAACUUCAAAAUCAUCUCAUAUAAAGGCACUUCAAUACCGUUUAUUCAAGAUUAUAUAUAUAUAUAUAAUCUGUCAGUGGAGCAUCAGAAAAUUAUCAACAGAUAAAUUGCUCAAUAACACUGCACAUUUCAUCUAUUCACCACUUUUUGAUGUCUCCUCAGACAGCCGAGAUACCUAGUCUUGAAUGAAUAUUAGAGAUGCGCAUCUAUUACAGCAUUUACGGUACUACUGCUAAAAUGAGAAAUUAGCAUUCACGAAACUUUUUUUUCCAGAAGUUUUACGAGGUGGAAGUAUGGAUCACCCACAAUUGCACCACGGACGGACACAUCGAGGCCAUCAAGAGAGUGGAGCAGCCCAUCUCGACGUCCGAAACGUAAGUCCCACUGUUAUGCUUCGCUCUCAGAAUCAGAAUUCGUUCAUUUUCAGAGAUGUUCGCCUCAUCGAUUGGUAUGUCAACGUUCUCACAGUCAAAGGUUUACAGGUUUUUAGUUAUUUUCUGUAA